GCACUGUCGCACAACUACGGCAGACUACAGGCUGUACUUUCCGACUUGUGCUGUUUGAGUCGGGCAGGCAGCGGCGGGUCUACACGGGGAUACUCAAAAAUAGCUUUCAAAGGCGAUUAGGUAUGACGGAUACUAACGGAGGGGCUCCGCGGGACUGUACGUAAAGAUGAGGAUUCCUCCGGUGUGGGCGCUGGGCGCUUGCCAGACUGGAUGAAGUGAUAGCUGAGAGGGAAACCUGCUGAGGGAAAAAAAACACCGCCUGGGACUGCUGAGGAGGACCUCUGUGCAGGUUCACACGGCCGUCGGCAGGGUGGAGCUUCCUGACCCAUGGAGAAUUACUUCCAGGCCGAGGCCUUCAACCUGGACAAGGUGCUGGACGAGUUCGAGCAGAACGAAGAUGAGACGGACACUCCUAUUCUCUCUGAUGCCAAGUGGACCCAGAUCCUGGCCCCGCCGGCCCACCUACUCUCUCUGAACCCCGCUCUGGCCCACGCAGACCUCAGCCCCCGGGAGAGUCCGCUGCCCUUUAAGACCCUCCCCGACUCCUCAUCCAGCGCCUCCCCGGGGGCUGACCCUAAAAGACAUCCCGGCCCUGAGCUGCAAUCCUGGGUAGAGGAGAGGCCGGCAGACGUCCACAGCCCACCGCUCCCCCAGCCCAACAUCGGCAAACUGGUGGGGACCGACGACCUCUCGCCGCCCCCCGUGACGGCAUGUGGGGCUGUGGAGAAUGGCUGCCCUGCAAGCCCGCAACAUGAUGGGUGUAGGAAGGAGAAAAGUUCUACCCCAGACACCCACCCUGGUGCUUCUGACCAGGCGGUUAAACCUCAUCAGGAGGAGAGAGCUGCCUCAGCAGGAGGAGGCGGCUCCACUGUCAGUCACACUCACUUUACCUUUGAGCUUGGAUUAGGACAGGAAGAAGCUCAGUCUGAGAAGAUUCAUCCAAAUGUGGAAGCACCAACACAAAUUGAGGAAGGUGUCAAUGAAGAGGCCAGUACAGCUGUUUUACAGGACUACGAUCGAGAAAGACAAACUGCAAACUCAAACAAGGAGCAGGGAGAAAGUGUCCUGAAUGGGGGGAGAGAUGUUCAGGCUGGUUGUGAGGCAGAGGAGAAUGGCGUAUCUCCUCCUGACAGAAUCGGAGUGGAGAAGGAGAGGAGAUGUGGUCCAGAGGGACAGGUGGACCAGCUCCUCAGAAUAACAAGUCUUCCCAAUGGUUUGGAACAGGAGAGGAGUAGUCAUUCCAAGCUGAAAGAGACAGAAGCGAAAGAGGAGGAGGAGGACGAGGGGUUUUCUCCAUCUCCCGUCCCCUCCAAAGAGGACUCUGUGACUGAGGAGAAAGAAAUGGAGGAGAGCAAGCAGGAGAGCAGCGAUGGAGGAGCAGCGGGGUCAGGUAGCAUCCAACCAAAACUCAACAACAGUCGGCUGCAGCCGGUCAGUGUUCCCUACGGAGGUGCACGACCAAAGCAGCCGGUCAGCCUCAAACUCCAGAUUCCACAGCUGCUAUCGGGCCAGGUCCAAAACCAGCUUGGCCCGUCCACUGUCAGCAAGAACAAGAACCUUGAGAAUCAGUGUCGGAGAGGCACGCCGUCCGAGACGACACACAGUGGGACUGACCCGACAGCAGUCGGGGUGAAUGGAGAUGGUGUUGUCCUCUCGCCUUCCCUGAUGCCUUCGGAGAGCCCAGACAAUGACCUCCAGGCAGGACAACUAGGCGCUCUGUGCAAAAAACCUGCCAGCUCCCUGGGAGAGGUUGCCCCUGUGUGGGUGCCUGACUCCCAGGCUCCUGUUUGCAUGAAAUGUGAUGUCAAGUUCACCUUCACCAAGAGGAGGCACCACUGCAGGGCCUGUGGCAAGGUGUUCUGUGCGACGUGCUGCAGUCUGAAGUGCAGGCUCACGUACAUGGACAGGAAGGAGGCCCGUGUCUGUGUCACCUGUCAUUCUGCUCUGACCACUGCUCAAUCAUGGGAGACACCGGCAACUGGAAGCAACCAGAGUCCGAACCCCAACAACCCAGCGGAAUACUGCUCCACCAUCCCCCCUCUGCAGCAGGCUCAGGCCUCUGGGGUACUUAGCUCCCCUCCUCCCACCGUCAUGGUGCCUGUGGGAGUCCUGAAACAGCCUGGCAACGAGGGGUCCCUCUCACGUGAGCAGAGGAGGGUGUGGUUCGCUGAUGGGGUCCUACCUAAUGGAGACACAGCAGAGUCCCCCAAGCCUCCGACCUCCAGCCCAGCCCCCUCCCAGUCAUUGGCCAUCUCCACGUGUUCAAACAAAUCCUCCACUUCUGAUUCCUCAGAGGCAGCCCAUACCCCCGUUGCCCCGGUGGGCAGCCCCGUGGGCAGCUCCCUCAGUCUGAUUCCAGAGGACGGGCUCCCUCCCAUCCUCAUCUCCACCGGAGUCAAAGGAGGUACGGGAGGCCACAUCACAGACUACGCAGUGGAGGAGAGGCCGUCGGAGAUUGUUCUCAUGCAGCAGCUGGAGGAAGGAGGCCCAGACCCUCUGGUCUUUGUGCUCAAUGCUAACCUCCUCGCCAUGGUCAAGCUUGUCAACUAUGUAAACCGGAAGUGCUGGUAUGUGACGACCAAAGGCAUGCAUGCUGUCGGCCAGGCGGAGGUGGUCGUUCUGCUGCAGUGUCUCCCCGAUGAGAAGACCAUCCCUAAAGACAUCUUCACCCACUUCGUGCAGCUCUACCAGGAGGCCCUCAGUGGCAACGUGCUGAGCCAUCUGAGUCACUCCUUCUUCACGCAGAGCUUCCUGGGCAGUAAGGAGCAUGGCGGCUUCCUCUACAUCAGCCCCUCCUUCCAGUCGCUGCAGGAUCUCCUGCUACCGAACCCGCCUUACCUCUUCGGCAUCCUGAUCCAGAAGUGGGAGACGCCCUGGGCCAAGGUCUUCCCCAUCCGCCUCAUGCUGCGGCUGGGUGCAGAGUACCGAUUUUAUCCGUGUCCACUGUUCAGUGUUCGCUUCAGAAAACCACUCUUCGGAGAGACCGGUCACACGAUCAUGAACCUGCUCGCAGACUUCCGUAACUACCAGUACACGCUACCGGUGGUGAAAGGGCUGGUUGUGGACAUGGAGGUGAGGAAGACGAGCAUCAAGAUCCCCAGUAAUCGCUACAAUGAGCUGAUGAAGGCCAUGAACAAGUCCAACGAACACGUCCUGGCCAUGGGGGCGUGUUUCAACGACCGGGCCGACUCCCACUUGGUGUGUGUCCAGAACGAUGACGGGAACUAUCAGACGCAGGCCAUCAGCAUCCAUCACCAGCCACGCAAAGUUACUGGAGCCUGCUUCUUUGUGUUCAGUGGAGCUUUGAAAGCCUCGUCAGGCUUCUUAGCCAAGACCAGCAUCGUGGAAGAUGGUGUGAUGAUCCAGAUCACAGCGGAGACCAUGGACUCUCUACGGCAAGCCCUGAGGGACAUGAAGGACUUCACCAUCACGUGCGGUAAAGCCGACCAGGAGGAGAACCAGGAGCUCGUCCACAUCCAGUGGACGGAGGACGACCACAACUUCAACAAGGGCGUCAUCAGUCCGAUCGAUGGAAAGUCGAUGGAGUCCAUCACCAGCGUCAAGAUCUUCCACGGCUCCGAGUUCAAAGCCAACGGCAAAGUCAUCCGCUGGACAGAGGUUUUCUUCCUCCAGAGCGAAGACCAACCCAACGGUCUGAGCGACCCCGCCGACCACAGCCGGCUGACGGAGAACGUGGCGAGAGCUUUCUGCAUGGCGCUGUGUCCACACCUGAAGCUGCUGAAGGAGGACGGCAUGGCCAAACUGGGACUGAGGGUCACGCUGGACUCUGACCAGGUGGGCUACCUGGCAGGAAGUAAUGGUCAGCCUCUCCUGCCUCAGUACCUGAGUGACCUGGACAGCGCCCUGAUCCCCGUCAUCCACAGCGGGGCGUGUCAGCUGAGCGAGGGCCCCGUGGUCAUGGAGCUCGUCUUCUACAUCCUGGAAAUCAUCUCCUAGGAGCCGGACACAUCCACCAUCAACCCAGAGUUUCACCUCCAAACGUUUUUAUUUUCUUCUUCUGAUGUCAUCUCACAGCCUGGUCCUCCAUCUCUCCGUCAUCUCCCUUCAACCGUUUGCACUUCAAAAGAGCCCGAAAACUGUGCCGUGCCAGGCGGGGUAGCAUUCCUCAAGUCAAACCUAUGCAUCCAACCACCGUCUUUUCUGCUCCGGACGUCGCCCCGGGGCCCGAGGGAGCUCAGAGCAUCACCUCACCUGUCAGGUGGGUCCGUCCCGUUACCCACACCGUUCACACUGCACUGCGUUGCUGCGUAACGCGUUUUCCAGUAACCGAUGGUUUUUAUUUAAUUAGCACAUAACGAGGAAAUGAUGCUGAUCAAUCAUGCAGCAUCUCAGAGGAGCACAAGGAUCAAUCGAGGAUAGAUUUAUUACUCUUACAGUAAUUGCUGGUUGUGACAGACCCAAAUGAAUAAUUAGGUUGUUAGCUGCAUUUUUCCCUGUCGCCGUGAGGUUGUGAGAACCUCGGUUUGUUUAGAGAAAGAAACGAAAACAAGUAAUUAAAUCUUUUAAUAAGCUCGUGAUGAUUAAUGACCAUCUCUCUCUCUUUCGCUGAAUGUGUGUUCAUUCUUUCAAAAAUAAGACCAUGAAUAGUUUUUAUUUAUCCGUUAACUUCCCACAAAGUGCAGUUAACAGGAAAAAAAACCCUAAACCAUAUCAGUAUUUAGUGUGAUGCCCUUUGUCUUUAAAACAGCACCAGCAGCUUGGACAACUUACCACAGUUCCCCUGUGGAUUUAGGUUGUCUCACUGUCUCCUGUCUCUUCACAUAAUCCCAGACUGACUCUGUGAUAUUGGGAUCAGAGCUCUGUGGGGGGUUCAUGUGUUGCAGGACUCCUUGUUCCUCUCGUCUCUGAAGCUAGUUGUUUGCUGCAGCAUGAAUUUGCUCUUUGGUGAUGGAGAAGAAUUAAAAGCGCCUUAACGUUUUGCAGAUACAGUUCUGUAUCUCCACCUGAGCACGUUGUCCUGAUAGGUCAGGACAGCUGUGACGCUCACAACGAUUUUAAGGCAGGAGUGAUUUCCUGAGUGAGAAAGUUGAUCAAAUGCUUUUAUUCUUAGUUCUAAAUGUAAAGACAGUGAGACUUUUUGGCCAGUUAGGGCUGAUUCCCACGUUAAACCAGUAUAUUAGUGUGGGUGUGUGGACGGACCCACUGUUGGAGUCCAGUGUGGUGUUUAACGCAGCUCCUCGGCUUCCUAACCACCCGUCAGUCCAACGUCACUGUGGCAGCCAGGGGCCCUGAACUGUAAGGGCCCCUGUGUAGCACGGAUGCUCUUAUAAGGGAGACUCAUAUCCACCGCUGCAAAUUUUGGACUGUUCCUCUGAAGUUAGGAAAACUACAGAUCAUUGAAGGAGAAGGGAGAAGGUGCCUCUGUGUGGUGAUUUAGUUUUGGGUUUGUUUGUUUUUUUUGGUGCACCGUGGUGCUCAGUGCCUGCAGCAGCGAUUCAUCAAGGGAAGAAGAGAAAAAAAAAAAAAAGAAAAAGGAAAAAAAAAAACAUCUCAGCUUCACCUCUUAAGCUUUACUCAUCAAUCACCAGAUGCUUUACUUCAUGGACAAAUGCAUUGACUUGUUGUACAUAUUUUUGUAGGCAGAACGAUUUCUCCUCCAUUAUAACUAAAACAUCUGUAGCCUCCAGAGAUCCCACUGAAAGACAGUAUUAUUGAAGUGACCGUCACAGACUCCUCCGCUCUGUGAAAUAAAUUUACACGUUGCUCUCGAGUCAGAAAGAACCCCCCCCCCACCUUUUUUUCCCCCCACAGUAGACAGCUGAUUAAAAAGGUUCCAAUGCUUUAUUGAUGAGCUGAAACAAUCUGUACAUGAAGCAGCUGAGAAAGCAGAAGAGGGAAAACUUUUUUUAAUCUCAUCAAUCAACUGCAAAAUCAUCAGAGCUCGGUGUUCGUCCAGCUGUGGUUGGAAAAACCUCUCAAGUUACUUUUGUGUCUUUUUAAUCAUACAAAGAGAAUAACUGUUGAAGUUGUAAAGCUAUAUAAAUAUAUAUAUACAGUAUAUAUAUAUAUAAAUAAAUAGAUAUAUAAAAACUGUAUUAAAAUUGCAGAAGCAGUGCACUGGAUUCUAAGCCAUUUACAGGAGAGUUAAAGCGAGCGUCAGGGUUGCAGCCUGUGUUCUGGAAGACAAACGUUUUUCCGACAGAAUAGAAAAGUUGAGUGUUUGUGAAGAUCCAGGGUUCCUGCAAGAUCGACUUCGAGCUGAAUGUAUUUCAUCUCACAUUUUCUGUAAAUUAUCAUCCCUCCAAAGCCCCGAAAUCAUCAAUCACCAUCCUGCUUAGGAACCCUGUAGAUCAGCGAUAUGUUUCUGCUCUGUACUGUGCUCUCCCUCAGCAACAUGGACCUGGAAAAAAAAAAAAAAUCUAAGAAUGUAUUCCUCUCGUUUC